AGAGCAGUCUAGAGUUGUAGGAAAAGGAAAGUGGAAAGCAACGUUAAGUAAGACAAUAAAAAAGUACCUACAUAAAAGUAUAGCCGCUGCCUAGAUUCCCGCGAGAGCAAGUAUCAGCCGCCGGUUGGUAACGAAUUCACAACAAGUCUCCCUGCGGCACCUUUUGUUCGUGCUAGGAAAAAAGUUUACCCGUUGGGACAAGUUGUUUGGUUUCUGAUCGUUUUUUCUACGACUGCACAGCGCAAUGUUUUUCUGCAAAAUGAAAAUUGGAACUAGCUGAACCUUUGUCCUAACAACCGGAAAAUGAAACUACUUGUCGUCUCGGGGUCUAUUUCGGUCAUCGACGACCACGUCUUUGAAGGAAUCGGGAUCUCGGGUACAAGCGACUCACAACUUGAAUCUUCGCGAACACGGACAAACACAGACGAUGUAGGCACAACGUUUUCGCCGAGUGCUCUCGGACUUGCCAUGGCAGGCGUUGGUGGCGCUGAAAAUGCGAGUUGUGGAGACCCUGGUGGAGUGGGUACGGCCGGGAAAAUUAGCAAGGGGAAGGGACGCUCUCACGCUAGCAACGGAUCGUCAAGGCAAGCUGGAAUCGGUGACGGCGCGCAAGCCGUCGCUUCUGGUCCUUCGACCUAUAGCUGGGAGGCCUUUCCGGAAACCGAGACAUUGCCGGAGCGGCUUUUUAGACUCAAAGCUGCUGUGUCUGAUCAUGUUAUUGAGGGACGCAACGCACGGCUAGAACUGGAAAGACGUGAUGCACAAGGUCGGGCAAGCGCUGCAAAUGCGACGGGGCUUUUGGAUCAAUCCCUGUAUGGACCAAAAACGCGUGAGAGCGAUCGAAUGGGCGAGUCAGCAUUUGGCAAUAUAAAGAAAGAUGCUAAUAUCACAAAAUUGAUCCGCGAGGUCGAAAGUGCUAAAAAAACGGCGGGUCCCGGAAACGCCGCACUGAGCUAUGCGUUGCGAAAAGUGUCGAAUAGUUCUGGAGAUGCUGUUAUUCGUACUAAAUCGUCUUCAUCCUCUCCGAAAAGCCACGCGCAGGACAGGCGCACUCAGGUUUACGCGCUUGAGGCAAGGAUCGCAAGGGUCGAAAAGUCUUUGCUUAUUCAACAGAGUAGCACUUCAUCGAGCACCCUUUCUGGUAGCUCAUCAUGGGCUGCUCCGAGCCUCGUUGAAGCUCUGACGGAGGCGGAGGCAGAUUACGCAGGUCUAUUUCCAAGAAAUGGCGCAGAGUUGUCCGAUUUUGGAGACGAGGAGCUGCAAUGCGCAAAGAAAAAUACUUUGGAGGAGAUCGACUUCGUUUCCGGUUCCGCUGAAUCUGUAGGCUUAGAUCAAGCAACGGAAAUGGUACUUCAGCGUAAUAUCAAAGCCGACUGACUGACAUCACCGUUGCAUAUGCUCCCAUUUCUAGAUUUUCGAGCCUUCUUUCAAAAAAUCUUCCAGUUUAAAUCGUGAAUUUAGAUUUAGAUAAUUCACUUUUUUGCCAAUAUACGCUCAGUUGCGGUGACGUUUUGUGACAGCUUUGCGCACCCCCAAUAUCUCUGUUUAAACGCCGUCUUCAAAUAGAUGUGGAAAUUUCGAAUUUUAUUUGCAGAUCGACGCCUGUUUACGCGAAUUGUCCGCGUUCUGGAGCGUGGCUGGAGCUCACGAUUUGUUGAGCCUUUUGGGAGAGAAGCGAAGAAGCCAAGUGGAUGCCCUUGAAAAUUUGCUGUCCGCACGCAAAACAGUACUUCAGUGCGGAGUUUUACCAGCCUUAAUUCCCUCCUCGCAUCAUCAUGCUCUUUUGCAGCAAACCCCUAGUUCUUCUUCUUCUCGAUCGUUCGGACUCGGGAACUAUAAGGGUGAUAGUACUGCUGCUGCGAGGACUCGAUUUAGCGGAAGCGUGCGGACAGUCCAAACGCUUGCUGAAGGGACAAAGAAGCUCGAUGAGCGUCUAACGGCUGUCCUCGAAAAAUUUAGCAAGUUGGAAUCUACACUUCUCGUUCUCGAUGAACGGCGGCUUGGUUUUUCUGAAUCAACGAUUCCUGAUCGUGCGGUAAACGCGCGAUAGACAGAGACGAUUUUUUCUUUUUCGCACCUUUCCUCGUUUUUAUUGGCGAAAUCUACAGAUUCAUCUGAUCCUAAUCUAAAGAUGUGGUCUUGGAUCUUCAUAGUAUGAAGCUAAAGAUCUAGAUCCGCGUGUCGUUUAGACCACUGGUGCUGGAGGAUAUUGUUAACCACAUGAACCCGAUAAGAGGCGUUCAGAGGCUACUGCAGAUCCACCUCCACGAUCCACCUCCACGAUCCACCUCCACGACAGUAUUGUCUGAGGGAUGUAAUUCUAAAUAAGUGUCGGAUCAAGGAAAGUGUGAC